UUUCCCAUCAGAAUGGUCUGAUAAAAGAAGGGACAGCAUGAACGCAAAAGAAAAAUACAAUUGGAGAACGGUUGCAGGUAGGUAAGGCUUCUAAGUGGAGACAUAAACCGGCAGGAGCAGUGGACUCAUGCAUAGCUUGGAACGUCCGUCCCGUCUUCACUCUACCAAGGAGCGCCUGAAGAAUAAGAGGACGGUGGUAUCUUCCUCCACAGAGGAUGAGGAACUGAGUCAACUCCUGAAGUUGUAUAAAAGCAACAAGAUCCGGACCACAAAGUAUUCUCUCUUUUCCUUCCUGCCCAAGAAUCUGUUUGAGCAGCUCCAUCGCUUCGCCAACGUCUACUUCAUCUUCCUCGCUGCUCUGAACUUUGUUCCUGAGGUGGAGGCCUUCCAGGCAGAGAUCGCUCUGGUUCCCAUCACACUGGUGCUGUCGGUGACGGCCGCCAAGGAUAUCUGGGAAGACUACCGCAGGUUUAAAUCGGAUCGUUCGAUCAACGGGCUUCUCUGCCACGUUUACAGCAGCAAGCAGAAAGCCUACAUUGACCAGUGCUGGAAGGAUGUGCGAGUUGGAGACUUUGUCUGUCUGUCCUGUAAUGAAAUCAUCCCAGCUGACAUGCUGCUGCUGUAUUCCUCUGACCCGCGUGGGGUUUGUUACAUUGAGACCGCCAACCUGGACGGAGAGACCAACCUGAAACAGAGACAUGUGGUCUCUGAAAUCACAUCGCAGGGAGCAGAGUUCACCGUUGAGAGCUUCCACAGUCGAAUUGAGUGCGAGAACCCCAACAAUGACCUCGGCAGGUUCAGAGGUUACAUGGAGCACCCCGGUGGGGUUCGUGUCGGCCUCCAUAACAGCAACCUUCUGUUGAGGAGCUGCACCAUCCGCAACACUGAGACCGUGGUGGGCAUCGUGGUCUAUGCUGGUCAUGAGACUAAAGCCAUGAUGAACAACAGUGGGCCGAGGUAUAAGCGCAGCCAGCUGGAGAAGCAUCUGAACACAGACAUCCUGUGGUGUGUGCUCCUGCUCAUCGUCAUGUGUCUGUCUGCUGCUAUAGGUCACGGCCUCUGGCUGAAGAACCUCAAAGACCCGGUCUUUCAGGUCGAUGGGGAGACGUCUCCGGCCUUGGCUGGAUUCUAUGUCUUCUGGACUAUGAUCAUUGUGCUGCAGGUGCUGAUCCCCAUUUCUCUGUACGUGUCCAUUGAGAUUGUCAAACUGGGCCAGAUCUACUUCAUCCACAAUGACUUAGCCUUUUACAACAAGCAGCUGGACUCCAGGAUUCAGUGUCGGGCCCUCAACAUCACCGAGGACCUGGGCCAGAUCAAGUACCUGUUCUCUGAUAAGACGGGAACUCUGACAGAGAACAAGAUGGUGUUCUGCCGCUGCAGCAUCUAUGGGGUCGAAUACCCUCACGUGGAAAAUGCUCGGAGGCUGGAGGUGUACGAGACGGAGAAGAACGAGACGGCCGGUCGCUCUGUGACUCUGAAGUCGGGCUGCAGCGGUAAAUCUCUGAGUUGUCGCUCUCUCAGCUGCAAACACAGCUCUGUGUCUCUGCACACACUCACUGCUGAGUCAGACGAGGAAGCGGAGGAGGAGGAACGACUGUCCAAUCACAUCCAGCCCAAGACCAGCGCCUUCUGCAGUCGCAUGGCGAAGGAGGUGAUACCAGACCCUGAGCUGGUGAGGAAGUUGAAUUGGUUCUCCUCGCCUGUCCUGGCUCUGAGUGACGGCUCCUCUGGGACUCCAUCCAGCCUGGAGCUCACCUACAUCACCGACUUCUUCCUCGCUCUGGCCAUCUGUAACAGCGUGGUGGUCUCCUCGCCAAGCCAGCCUCGACAUGUGGUGCCUGAAGCACGAACGCCUCUCAAGUCCCUGGAGGAAAUCAAACUGAUUUUCCAGCGCUUCAGCUUCUCUCCUCUGUCAGCCCUCUCCACCCUGUCCCCUCCCCAGAUCAAAGGCAGCCCUCGCAGCUUCACCAGCAGGCUGUUUGCCCGGGGGAAGACUGGCUCUUUCACCUUCUCCACGCCCACUAACAGCACCACAGACGGGUCAGAACCAGCUCAAGAAAGCAACCUGGAAACCUACAACGCGAGGCGUAAACUGGACUCAUCUUCCAGAGUGGAAGAAGAAGAUGCCGGACUGAUGGAAGACAGGGAGACAGAGGAUUAUGAAAAGACGAACCCCAAUGGGGCAAGCCCGGAUGCGGAGGACCUGAUCACAGAAGUGGAUCGUGAGUGUAAUGCCGAUGAUGAACUGCUCUAUGAGGCGGAGAGUCCAGACGAGGCAGCUCUGGUCCAUGCAGCCAAGGCGUACCACUGCACCCUGAGAGGACGUUCUGCAGAGAGCCUGCUGGUGGAUUUGCCAGGAAUUGGCUCUCUGGCUGUCCAGCUACUCCACAUCCUGCCCUUUGACUCCAACAGGAAGAAGAUGUCAGUGGUGGUCCGCCACCCGCUCACAGGACAGGUGGUGGUUUACACCAAGGGAGCUGAUUCUGUCAUCAUGGACCUGACUGAGACACCUAAAGGUGCAGAUCAGGCUCAGGAGAUCUACAGUCACAUCCGAGAACAAACCCAAAACCAUUUAGACGGCUAUGCCAGAGAAGGCCUCCGCACACUCUGCAUCGCUAAAAAGGUUCUGGAAGAGGAGGAGUAUGAGGUGUGGCUGAAGGGACAGCAGCUGGCAGAGAGCAGUAUAGAGAACAGAGAGGAGCUGCUGCUGGACUCAGCUCAGAGACUGGAGACCAAACUCACCCUGCUGGGCACCACAGGGAUAGUAGACAGACUGCAGGAGAAUGUCCCAGAGACCAUUGAAGCUCUUCAGAGGGCUGGGAUCAAAGUCUGGGUCCUAACUGGAGACAAAAAGGAGACAGCCAUCAACAUCGCCUACGCCUGCAAACUCCUUCGUCCCAACGACGAGCUGCUGACAGCCAGCUGUGGAAGCAAGGAUAUGUGUGCAGCUUUACUUGAGGAGCUCAAACUGGAAGUGCAGCGUGGUGAGGACAGUUUCACUGAACCGACUGCAGCAGGGAAUCCUGGGGAAUCCUCCUCAGGCGGUGUGGCAGCCUUCAUUCUGGUUAUAGAUGGACGGACGCUGGACUGGGCCCUGCAGGAGGAGCUGAAGAGCAACUUCCUGGAGCUGAGCUGUAAGUGCAAGGCAGUCAUCUGCUGCAGGUCCACUCCGCUGCAGAAGAGCCAGGUGGUCCGCCUGAUCCGGGACCAGCUUGGUGUCAUGACCCUGGCUGUAGGUGAUGGAGCCAAUGAUGUGAGCAUGAUUCAGGUGGCUGAUGUGGGCAUCGGGAUAUCUGGUCAGGAGGGCAUGCAGGCUGUGAUGUCCAGUGACUUUGCUAUCUCCAGGUUUAAACACCUCAGUAGGCUGCUGCUGGUCCAUGGCCACUGGUGUUACUCUCGUCUUUCAAACAUGAUCCACUAUUUCAUCUACAAGAAUGUGAUGUAUGUGAAUCUGCUGUUCUGGUAUCAGUUCUUCUGUGGUUUCUCUGGGAGCGUCAUGACCAACGCCUGGGUGCUUAUCCUCUUCAACCUGCUCUUCACCUCCGUUCCUCCUCUCAUCUACGGCGUCCUGGACCGAGUCACGCCUGCAGACACUCUGAUGGAGCUGCCUGAGCUCUACCGCACUGUGCAGACCUCCAAGGCCUACGUUCCCUACAUGUUCUGGAUUACAGUCCUGGAUGCCUUUUACCAAAGCCUCAUCUGCUUCUUCGUGCCUUACUUCGUGUACGCGGGAUCGAGCGUUAGUGAGCUGUCCUUUGGCUCUCCGAUCAACGCCUCAGCUCUCCUCAUCAUCCUACUGCACCAAGUCAUCGAGAGUCACACUCUGACUUGGAUUCAUGGGCUGGUGUUGGUGCUCAGUGGUGGUUUCUACUUUGGCUUUGUGCUACUCUUCAGUGUGUUCUGUGUGACCUGCAGCCCCCCCACAAAUCCUGUGGGGGUGGAAACACUCCAGAUGUCUGAGCCUCUUUUCUACAUCGUAUGUGCUCUCACUACUGUCACGGCUCUAUUACCCAGGCUGUUAUUCCGAGCUCUGUACAACACCUUAAACCCCUCGGCUGUUCUGAAAUCAGCUCAGAUGGACAAAGCGGAUUCAGAGAAGUACCGCAAGAAAAUGCAGCGCUGGAACCUGAGCCAGUCCAGAGUCAACAGGCUGCCGGUGUGUGCCGACAACCCCGGCCUGGAGCCCAGCACAGCCUCAGUGGUGUCCUGAUGUCCCCUAAACACACACACACACACACACACACACACACACACACACACACACACACACAGACUGAUACCUCCGUAGAGAAAGAAAGACCUGAAAGUUUAGAAAACACAUAAAGAUACUGACAUGCUGGAUUCAAGUGCAAUAAAAGGCUAUAUAUGGAUAUUCUCUUUCUGUUGCACUACUGCACUCCCCAGCUAUCUACACACACUGCUGAUGUCAACAACCAAAGAACUUUGUUGAGACUAAUUAUAAAGAAAAUUGGACAUGUUCUACUCACGGAAUGAAUCAGAAUAGUGAGUACCUGUGUAAUAUCUCACCAAGCAUUUACGGGAACAGAAAGCUGUGAAACAUGACCAUCGUGUGAAAUACGUAAAGACUCAUAUUUUUAAAGGAGCUGUGUGUAUCAUUUGAACAUGAAGAAAUCAUCAGCUUAUUAAUCUUCUGACAUUCAUCAUAAAAGAAUAAGACCGGCCUACUCGCCUGCAGUUUGUACUACAGUGAACAUUGUGAGCCAGCAGACUGGAUGGAGCAGGAAAUCUGCAGGACUGAUGGACGCUAUCAAGGCUACAUUCACAUUGGGGGGGUACAAUGACACAGAGGUGGCAGACCUCAGUACAUGCAUGUGCAAUCAAAUUAGUCAAAUCACAUUUUUAUUGGUUUACUUUCAGAAGAGCAUGAGUGUCACUGUGUCACAGCUGUAAUACUAGAAUGGCACUCGGAGAGCGCAGACCUCCGCCUACGUGUGACUUUAAAACACAGCUCACAGCUGGGGGUACCGUGAGGUGGUCGGCUUGUUAUUAACACGGCGUGUUUCCGUGUAACAUAUCGGCGGACGCCUCUCUCAUUGAGCAGCCUUGUUAUGUCUGUAUAACGUUACACUACGUUGUCACUCAUCCCGUCAUCUACCGCUUUUUUCUUUCUCACCGUGGACGGCUGGCAGCUCCCGCCGCACCUCGGAGUAUCGCCACACAUCCACACACGUAUCUCUCUGCUCUCAGAGGCGUCAUCAGUUACACUGUGCAUGUGUUAAACCCUGUGGUCUUAAUGCUCAGACUGAUCGGAGUACGUAAAAAAAAUCCUUAAUCCGGAUCAUGAUCCGGAUCGCAACCAAAAUCGAAUGGAUUGUUCAUUGUGCCACACCUCACUCCUCCAAAAAAUUUCAUUCAAAUUUCAAACAAACCAGUGCCGGUGAAAACCUUUGGCCUGGGCGGAGGUAAUGAUUUAUUAUAUGGGUCAUGAAUAAAAAAAAAUAUGAUCUUGCCAAUAAAUCAGAAUAUAGCAUUGAAACUGUUAACAAAACUACUUACACAACAUUAGCGUCCCACUGGAGUGGCGUUUGUGUUCACCUGAUGAAUGCAAGUUCAAUACUCAAUCUAACUGUAGCCAAAAUCAUCUGUCUCUUCAGCUGGUUCUGUGGAUACGUGACUUUUUUUUGACAGCCACUUUGUUCACUUUCGCUUUUUGGUGCUGAGCUGGUAGCAUAUGGCUACAGAGAGCUGCGUCUACGUGCUGGAGAACCAAAACUAUGAUAUAAAAAUAAGUUACAAGUUGAGCUUGAAGGUUCAUUCUCCAUCUUGGAAACAGCAGCCUGACAAUAAAAAAAAAAAAUGUUGUUUUCAAAGCUUUCAACCACAACGUGUGGCCUUCCUCAGUGGAUGGAGUUGCUAAGUUGUCAUGGAGAUGGGUGAUCCUUGAACUAAGAUGGAGGUUAAUAUCAAACCUUGCAGUGUGGAUGUAGCCAAAGAGAUUCUGCUUAUUGAUUUGCUCUAUUUGUGUUGCUGUAAUCGACACUCAACAAAGGCUGUUUCUGUCUCUACAUGAAGGACAUGACAAUACUACAGCAUUGGAACAAAGACUGAUGCUGAGCUGUUUCUUAGGUACAUUCUUAACACAGAUCAAAUUAAAUCAUUUAAAGGUGAUUUUGUCCCCCAGCAGUCCCUAAUUUGUAAUAUUUUACAGCUCACUGUUAUUUAUAUAUUAUUAUUUCAACCCAUGAUUGAGUUUGGUUUAUUAUCCUCUGUACUGCAGUUUAAAUUUUACAAGGUUGCAACAAAUGCACUCAAAUAUCCAGUGAUGAAUUAUUAAUGUGCAGGGUCAGUGACAUUGUGUUUGUGAGUUUUACCUCUAUAACUACAAAUCAUGUUUACUUGACAUUUUUAAAGACUGUUUUCUUAUUGUACAGUUUUACAUUGUUGGAGGUAUUGUUGCUAUCCUUCAUUGGUUUCCAUUCAUUUCUGUAAAGUAUGAAAAUCAAUUGGCAGACACUUGAAAUGUGCUUGUUUUGUACAGUCAAUCAAGUCUGCAUUAGGUUAUAUUAUGCUGACAUGGUAAUGUAGUUGAUUGAUUUGAAAAUGAAUUCAGACUUGAUGUUCACUGUGAUGGAUUACACCACAGAUUUCAAGAGUCUGCCCAUUGAUUUUCAUAUUGUGUAAAGGUGAGUGGAAACUGCUGGAUGCCUGGAAUAGCAGAAAAUACAUUCACAUUUCUAAAAUUUCAAAAUGAUUAAGACUGUCUGGUGUUGGUGUGGCCCUUAAGUUAAGUUAGGAUGGCAGCGCCUUGCAUGGUAACUCCACCGUGGUGAGUGUGUGUGUGAAUAAGAGGCAAAUUGUAAAUCACUUUUUCUCCUCUACUUUAGCAGAUACAGCUUCAUCUGAAGGUACACUAAUAUUAUUAUUUUAACAUCUUUAACGCAUCUGUUCCAGGACACUGCUGUUUAGACAACAAAUAUGUGUUAAUACUAGACAAUAGACAGCCAUAUGAGAUGUGAAAGGUUUGUAGUGGAUUUUGAAUUAACACUGUCAUUUUGAAAUAAAUACCAUAAUAACAAAUAUUUGUUAACCUUCAACUAAAUCAAGAAAAUUAAACUCCUGAUGACUCCUACACUGAGUUUCAUGUAGUUGUUGUUAGUUCAGCCGAGCAGAGGAAUGCUGGUUUGACCAGCCCGUUCUCAUUCCCACGGUGUCAAAUACCGACGCUUUGUGACGCCCCUCGGCAUGUGAUACAGACGCACAACGUCACCUUCCUAUAAUAAUGGCCCAAGUCAUUUUUUGACGAAAAUAAUUUUUUUGUCUAAAUCAUUUCGUCAUGAUGCAGGCCACCUCUGGUAAAAUCGCCUACAUCCUCAGUUGAACAGAUCAUGCGAUUCUACCCCUGUAGUAUAAUGGCCUAUGUCAAGAGUGUGACUUAGGCCGUUUUAUUUUGCCUAAAUCAAAAGACAAUGUGACUUAGGCAAUUUUACAAGCUUUUCAAGAUGGCGGCUGCGUCAAAAGGAACGAAAAUCUACCUAGCCACUGAAGUUAUUUCCAUGAUUCAGGGCUGGUCCCCUAUUGCUAAGUGAUGAGGUUUACUAUAAUAUAGGCUAGGCUUUAAAUAUUGCAUAGUUAUUUAGUCUUUUUAGUCAGCAAAAUAACUAAGUCCAUGAAGCUAGCAUUACAAGUGACAG